AUGUCACAGUUGCAGGAGCGCCAGCAGCAGCAGACGCAAACGCACUGUCAGGAGCUGGAGCGCGCUCACCAGCGCGACAGCCAGCAGAUGCAAAGCCGCCUGGUGCAGCUGGAGACCUCCUGUGGGGAGCUGAGUGACACGGACUACCAAAACCAGGCCGCCCUCAGGGACCUCAAGGCCAAACUGGUGGCCGCCGAGAAGGUGGUUGAACACGUGGUAACGUUUAAGCACAUUUGUUCUUUUCUGGCCAUGUUGAACGAUUUGGAAGACUGCAAAGUAAGCAGCAAAGAGCGAGCCAAGCUUUGUUUCAGAGCGGCACCGUGCAAAGCUCGCCGAGCUUCCUUGGACCGCGCCGAGAUGUUCACCUUUGCCGAUGUCAAUCUGAGUGACGAGCGGAUCGUAAGUUCGGCCACGCCCUGCGGCGACUUCUUCUUCCGCUGCCGCCGGACGUCCAAGGCUUGCCGUGCCGACACCUGCUCCUCGGGGUCAAGGACGCCCUCCGGCGGCAGAAGCCUGGGCGAGGACUUGGUCCGCGUGGUCAACGAGUGCGACCGGCUGGACCUCAACAUUAUUGUCAUCUGGAAGGCUUACGUGGUGGAGGACAGCAAGCAGCUGAUCCUGGAAGGUCAACUCCACGUGGCGCUGCAGGCGGUGGGCGAAGAGGCCACUUCCCUCGCUCCCAAGCAGGACACUCAGGAGAUGGUUCUGCUCAAGUUCAAGUCGGAUCCGCCACCUCCCACCGUGCUGCCAUCCACGCAACUCUCACGACUCAUCAAGAGCAACCUGCGCUACUCGGAGACAUACGCGCAUGACUUUGCACACGACAGUGUUUGUGUGGUUCCCGUUUGUUUGGUUUUGUCCAACUGCUGCCGGACUGAUGUGGAUAUCACAGUAGACCUCAGGCACAAAACCACCAGUUCUGAGUGGAGCGAGUGCGCGUGUAGCUUCACCUGGGUUGGCCAGACCCGCUACCGGCUGGCGCUUUGUCCCCGGCAGACGCGUCACCUGGAGUUGCAAGCCUGCUUCCUCAUGCCCGGCGUCUACAACAUCAACACGCACGCAGUCUGCGCCGCGCCGUGCCUCGAUGGCCAUCACCGUGACGACGCCAACGCCCAAACGGAGGUUGCGCAGCACGGCGCCGGACCAGCGCUUAUUGUCAUCACCGACAGCAGCCAAUGACAUUGCCGCAACACGCACCGCAAGGGCCAACGUGAAGAAGAACCCAAAAGGGAGGCUAGUGUCCUGGAUUUUCAUCAGGAGCUUUCAUGCGACCACUAACUGCAGUGUGCGUGCGUGCCACCAGAUGACAGCAUUAGUUGUUCCUUUGGGUCUCAUCAAGGUCAGCUUCAAUUGACAUUUGGGAAGUUGCAAGGUAAAAGAAAAAAAAAAAAAGCAAUGUGGUUCACUUUUGACCAAGAAACUGAAAAAGUGCAGCAUGUCUUAAAUGUUUGACGAGCCCUCCCCAUGAAUGCUGCGGGAUGCCGCGAUCAUGUAAUCGGUGCCGGUGUCCGAGCGCGGCAAACUCAGAUUAGAAAGCGAACAAUCUUGAGUUUUGUUUUUAAAUCUGACAAUGGCGCCACCUUUUGUGUUUAUGGUGUAUUAUAUUUAUAACACUUAUCAUGUACAUAGAAAAUAAACCAACUAAUUCUCCA